AUGCACUGCCACGCAGAGCUGAGGCUGAGCUCGCCCGGCCAGCUCAAAGCAGCCAGGAGGCGCUACAAGACUUUCAUGAUCGACGAGAUCCUCUCCAAGGAGACCUGCGACUACUUUGAGAAACUUUCCCUCUACUCCAUGUGCCCGUCGCUGGUCGUGCGACCCAAGCCCCUGCAUUCCUGUACCGGCCCCGCUUCCCUUCGGGCAUAUCCUCUCCUCUCGGUGAUCACCCGACAGCCCACAGUCAUCCCCCACCUGGUCCCCGCCACCCCGGGAGUCGCCCAGGCUCUGUCCCGCCACCCGGCCGCCGAGGCCACCUCUGCCGAGGCUGCGGGCGAGAACCACGGCAGCAGCGAGUCGGAGACGGAGCAGCCCACGCCCCGGCAGAAGAAGCCCCGCCGGAGCCGCACCAUCUUCACCGAGCUGCAGCUCAUGGGCCUGGAGAAGAAGUUCCAGAAGCAGAAGUACUUGUCCACCCCAGACAGGUUGGACUUGGCCCAGUCUCUGGGACUCACUCAACUGCAGGUGAAGACUUGGUACCAGAACCGCAGGAUGAAAUGGAAGAAAAUGGUUCUUAAAGGUGGACAGGAAGCGCCCACAAAACCCAAAGGUCGUCCCAAGAAGAACUCCAUCCCCACAUCAGAAGAGAUUGAAGCUGAAGAGAAGUUGAACAGCCAGGCCCAGAGCAAGGAGCUCUGGGAGCCCUCCCAGGGCCAGGAGGGGCUCUGUGACACGCAGAAACCAAAAGUGCACGGUGUCCCCGCAGAGGUGGCUGAGCCCCUAGACCAGCCCCAGGAGUUGCCAGUAGCUUCUUCGGAACCCCCACCAUCAAGCUAAAAUAAAACUCUUGCGAGGAGCGGGAAGGGGGAGACUGGGAAGAAGGGAAAGAGAGAAUGCAGGGAGACCAGGGAGAGGAAAGCUUCCGACAGCCGGUAACUUGGGGGGAGAAGACCACCGCCGGCUCCUUCCCUCCUGCCCACAGCUCUCACCUCGAGACUUUGAGGAAGACUUGCUGCCUUUGGCCUGCUCUUCCUGAAAGGCUGCUUUAGCCACGGAUGCCCUUGACUAAGGGACACAGUGCCUUGGAACUGCCGACCCCAGCUGGGGUGAUGCCGUGGGGCUGUCCGGGUCCAAGCCCCCCGGUGUGGUAGAGGAUGCUCCAGCCAGCCUCUGGACAGCCAGCCGUCAAAGCAGAGCGGGAUGCAGGAGUGGGCAGCAUGCCCAGGUUCCUUGCUGACUCAGCACUUAUUUCUGUAGUUUUAAA